AUGAAAAACUUAAAUCAUAAAGUUGUUUCAGAAGAUUUUUACGACAAACAAAAUACAAUUUCUGUGCUCAAUAAUAUAUUUAUAUACUCAAUUAUUGUUGGGUCUUGUUUAAUAAAGUUUCCUCAAAUAAUAAAAAUUAUUAAUAACAAAAACGUUGUUGGUAUAUCAUUUGUAACGAUAUAUUUAGAGUUAUUUAUAGCAAGUUCGUUAAUAGCAUUUUCCAUAAAAGAAAAUAUAAAUAUUAAAUUAUUCCUUGAUGUUAUUCUAAUAAACACACAAAAUAUCUUUAUAGUAUUAUUAAUGUGGAGAUAUAGCAAUAAAUAUUCAAAAUUUACUAAAUUCAUUAAAAUUUGUUUUUAUGUAUUCUUGAAUUUAUACUUGAUUUUUGGUUUACCAAAUGUGCUUGUUCCUUUUUUAGGCCUUGUAUCAGCUCCAAUAAGUUGUUUUUCAAAAAUACCACAAAUUUAUUUAAAUCAUAAAAAUAAAAAUACAGGAAAUUUAUCUCUUAUAACAUUUUUUUUUGUUUUUUUGGGAAACUUAGCAAGAAUAUUUACUAUAUUUUUUAGCUCAAAUAACAAAAUUUAUUUAGUUAACUGUAUUUUUAUCUGCACUUUAAAUUUGACAAUUUUGCUUCAAGUAAGAUAA